GAUGCAGCACUCUGAGCUCCAGCACUACAUUUGCCUGCAUGCUGCAUUAUCAUCAUGAUAAUGGACCAAACCUCUGAAACUAUUCCACACACAAGCCAGUCAUGUCGUUCGGCAGAGAUAUGGAGUUGGAGCAUUUUGAUGAGCGGGACAAGGCGCAGAGGUACAGCAGGGGGUCCCGAGUGAACGGUCUGCCCAGUCCCACACAUAGUGCCCACUGCAGCUUCUACCGCACCCGCACGCUGCAGACGCUCAGCUCUGAGAAGAAAGCCAAGAAGGUUCGAUUCUACAGAAACGGUGACCGCUACUUCAAAGGGAUUGUGUACGCCAUCUCCCCAGACCGCUUCCGAUCCUUUGAGGCCCUGCUGGCUGAUUUGACCCGAACUCUCUCGGACAAUGUGAAUUUGCCCCAGGGGGUGAGAACCAUCUACACCAUCGAUGGGCUCAAGAAGAUCUCCAGUCUGGACCAGCUGGUGGAAGGUGAAAGCUAUGUCUGCGGCUCUAUUGAGCCCUUUAAGAAGUUGGAGUACACUAAGAACGUGAACCCCAACUGGUCUGUGAACGUCAAGACCACCUCAGCCUCCCGGGCAGUGUCUUCGCUGGCCACUGCCAAGGGGGGGCCCUCAGAGGUUCGGGAGAAUAAGGAUUUCAUUCGACCCAAGCUGGUCACCAUCAUCAGAAGUGGGGUGAAGCCACGAAAGGCGGUUAGGAUCCUGCUGAACAAGAAGACGGCUCAUUCCUUCGAGCAGGUUCUCACUGACAUUACCGACGCUAUCAAGCUGGACUCGGGUGUGGUGAAGCGCCUGUACACUCUGGAUGGGAAGCAGGUGAUGUGCCUUCAGGACUUCUUUGGUGACGAUGACAUUUUUAUUGCAUGUGGACCAGAGAAGUUCCGUUACCAGGAUGAUUUCUUGCUAGAUGAAAGUGAAUGUCGCGUGGUGAAAUCCACUUCCUAUACCAAAAUAGCAUCAUCGUCCCGCAGAGGCACAACCAAGAGCCCAGGACCUUCCCGGCGAAGCAAGUCCCCAGCCUCCACCAGCUCAGUUAAUGGAACCCCUGGUAGUCAGCUCUCCACUCCACGUUCGGGCAAGUCACCAAGUCCAUCACCCACCAGCCCAGGAAGCCUGCGGAAGCAGAGGAUUUCUCAGCAUGGCGGCUCCUCUACUUCACUUUCAUCCACAAAAGUCUGCAGCUCAAUGGAUGAGAAUGAUGGCCCUGGGGAAGAAGAGUCGGAGGAAGGCUUCCAGAUUCCUGCCACAAUAACAGAACGAUACAAAGUUGGGAGAACAAUAGGAGACGGAAAUUUCGCUGUUGUCAAGGAAUGUAUAGAGAGGUCAACUGCUCGGGAGUAUGCCCUGAAAAUCAUCAAGAAAAGUAAAUGUCGAGGCCAGGAGCACAUGAUCCAGAAUGAGGUGUCUAUCUUAAGGAGGGUGAAGCACCCCAACAUUGUUCUCUUGAUCGAAGAGAUGGAUGUGCCCACUGAACUGUACCUCGUCAUGGAAUUAGUGAAGGGUGGAGACCUUUUUGAUGCCAUCACUUCCACUAGCAAAUAUACAGAGCGAGAUGCCAGUGGGAUGCUGUACAACCUGGCAAGUGCCAUCAAAUACCUGCACAGCCUGAACAUCGUCCACCGUGACAUCAAGCCAGAAAACCUGCUGGUGUAUGAGCACCAGGAUGGCAGUAAGUCACUCAAGUUGGGUGACUUUGGUCUGGCCACCAUUGUCGAUGGCCCCCUGUACACAGUCUGCGGCACCCCAACAUAUGUGGCUCCAGAAAUCAUUGCAGAGACUGGAUAUGGCCUCAAGGUGGACAUCUGGGCAGCUGGUGUGAUCACUUACAUCCUGCUGUGUGGUUUCCCUCCAUUCCGUGGAAGUGGUGAUGACCAAGAGGUGCUUUUUGAUCAGAUCCUGAUGGGCCAAGUGGACUUCCCAUCUCCAUACUGGGACAAUGUGUCAGAUUCUGCUAAGGAGCUCAUCAACAUGAUGCUGCUAGUUAACGUGGACCAGAGAUUUUCAGCCCUGCAGGUCCUUGAGCAUCCCUGGGUUAAUGAUGACGGUCUCCCAGAAAAUGAGCAUCAGCUGUCAGUAGCUGGCAAGAUCAAGAAGCAUUUCAACACAGGUCCCAAGCCGAACAGCACAGCAGCUGGAGUUUCUGUCAUAGCACUGGACCACGGGUUUACCAUCAAGAGAUCAGGGUCUUUGGACUACUACCAGCAACCAGGAAUGUAUUGGAUAAGACCACCGCUCUUGAUAAGGAGAGGCAGGUUUUCCGACGAAGACGCAACCAGGAUGUGAGGAGCCGGUACAAGGCACAGCCAGCUCCACCAGAACUCAACUCGGAAUCAGAAGACUACUCCCCCAGCUCCUCUGAGACUGUUCGCUCCCCCAAUUCGCCCUUUUAAUAAGACCCUUUUACUCAAAGUACUAGCUUAACCCUUUAAGACUCUGAGACUCCCCCUCCCCCAAACUUCUGUAAAACAGGUUCAUCUGAUCUAUCUAGCACUCAAUGCUUGAAUGGCAGAACAGAAAGUAUGUUUUGGGUACCUUUGUAGCAAGUUCCCUUUACUGAAUGAGAAGGCAUGUGGUGUUUGUGACGAUGGUAAUUUGCUGCUAACAGGGGUCCUUAAAGGGUUAAGGUUAAUUUGCAAUUUUUUUUAACAUAGAAGCAAUGAAUGUUUUCAUCAGUCAAGCUAGGAUCUGCAAUAUGUAAUAGCACAUGUUAGCCCUCUGAGUGCAUAGAAUUUUCUUUAGAAUCCUUGCUGGGGAAUUUUUCAGAACCUUGGGUAUAUUCAUACACAUUUCUUGAUUUUGCUGCAGACUAAGGGGCGUCAUUAAGACCCUAAAAUGUCCACACAAGGAGAGCAUGGGGGUUGAUCCACUGUGGAUCCUUCUCUGUGGGCUUAGAACAUGACAGGUUGUAUAAUGUCAGCAGAUGCACCCCUUAUUCCUAACCAUCUUAUGAAGAAGGGGGAUCCUUUUCCUAAGUAGUAAGCUGGUUAGCUGCAGCCAAUUCUCUGUUUUUAUUGGAGGGAACUGGGUUUGUGACAGCCUCACCCAAGUGAUUGACAGUGUCUCUCCCUGUCUUCAUGCAAAGAUGUGCUGAUGAUGCCCCUGAAAUGCUGCUUCCCCAUUAGCUGCUGCUAGAGCCAGGCAGACCCUCGGGGAAUCACCUAGCCCUGGCUUGUGCUUGGUGAGUUGGGAUCUGUCUGCUCAGGAUCAGAAAAGAUCUAGAAAUUACUGGUGAAAAGAGCAAUAAAUUACCAGGUGCUCUACAGGGCUGGAAAUCCAUCCAGCAAGGGAAAGCAAGGUCCUGUGAUUUUUUUUUCUUCUCAGCUGCUUUUACACGGGACUGUAGCAACCAGUGAGAAACCAACACAGAGUAUGAAAGAUCUUGGGCUAGAGGGAGCAAGAGGCAAAUGCUUUGCAAAGUGGCAGACGAGAAAGUACAGUGGGCACACAAUCCAAAAGCUUCUGAAAAUGGGUUUCAUAGAAAUAAACCAAUUCCAUUAGUAACUCUAGGCACCUGCAAGUCUCCCAGAAGACAUGUCAGAGGCUGAAACUGCCACUCCCACUCAUGAUUUCCUUUAAUAUAGUGUGGACUCUAGCCAUCCAGGAGAGAUGUGUUGCUUUUGUGGUUUGGGGCCAGGGCCUGAUUGGGACUGGUUCUCCACUCCUGUUACCCAAUCUGUCUCCCUAGACCUGAGUUUCUUUGGGAGCUGAUCGCAUUUCAGAAUAUGGGCUUGUUGCUUCCUGUUCAGUGUCCGUGUCCCAAAAGGACUCAGGGGUGUCUGGGAGGCAGGGCUCAACUCAAAUGUUGCCCUAAUGUUUUCUCAGCUUGACCCAGGAGAAAGAGAAGAGUGAUGGCUACAAGUGGUCCUUAUUUUCUCAUUCUUAUUUUGAAUGUAUUUUAAUGUCUUGAAAGUUAUGAACAACCUUUCCAUUGUCAGGUCUUUAUUUUCGAACUCCACACUGAUCUUCAACUGCUGUGUUUAUGCAGUCUUUAAACCAUGUUCUACACACAUAUAAACUUUUAAAUAACACAUUCUCACAUUUCCUGAUCAUCCACAUUUAAAUCAACAUUUAUUUAGCUUUUCUUUCUUUUAGAGAGCCAAGAAAUGAUAGCAUAUAAAAUCACAAAAUGGUAUAUAUCAGCAUAUUAUUUAAAUUGGGUGUUGGGAGUAGACAGGGCACAGACCACCAGGAAGGGUGUUGAUUUGUAGACAAAGUUCAUAUUGGUGAAGGACCUAGAACUGGUCGGAAAUCACUGGUUUCUCUGGAACAGAAAAGCAGAGCACUUUUAUUCUAAGAUUAACAAGCAAUGGCAUAGCUGAGCCUCAACUCCAUGUGUAUGACUAUGAAACACCCUUAUGGGCAAUAGCUGAGUGCCACUUUUCCUGUCUCUGAAUUACUGCUUUCCCCCUGGUUAUUAACAUAUGGCCACAGCAUCCAGGACUCCAGGCCCAUAGUGAAGGGCUCUGGCUUUUGUCUAUCAUCAUUUAGGGGAACUCGAGAGGAUUUCUCAUCAUGUUGCAGAAGGCCAGCUCAGAGGAAGUCAGAGCCCACUCAGAAGGAAGAUCGCAUCACACCCCUAUAGAGUUUCAGUGAUCUGUGCUGAAUAAGCAGCGGGACGCGACCUGUCAAAUAGAAAUACUGAUCAAUUGGAUGGAAUUCGGUAAUUCAGCAGUGAGCUACUGAGAUCUUAGAUAUCAGAGGUGUAACUCAGAGGGGGAACAAAUAGGCACAUGUGGAUGACUCGCUGUGCCCAGAUUGCUUUGGUUUUAGCCAAUACUAAUUUUAUUGCCCCUUGACAUUCUCGGAAUAGUUCCAGUUUGAAAUGAUUAAGUGGCGGUGUUCUUUGAAUUUGUAUAAUCAAAUCAAUCUUACUUUUUAUUUUGUGUAUCAUGUGCCAUUAAGGCUGUGUAUCUCUGUAAUUAUCCACUUCUCCAUCAUGAGUGUUUCCAUAUUUUUGAGCAUUGAAUAUAACUCUAUGGUGGUAGUUUGGUGAUGGGAAUUGCCCUUUCCUUUACUAAGAGGAUAGCCCUGUCGUAUUUAAAGGAAGCUUUCAGUUUGAGAGUAGAGUAGUUGAGCAAACCUUUAUUACUUGCUUCCUGACAGUCAAUUCUAUAGAUGAGACCCGUUCAUAUUAAUGAAUACAUUUACCCCUCAGCGUUGUAGCAGAAACCACUUUAUUUGUCAUGACCAAUAAAUAUGUGAUUUGUUCCAAACCAUUAGAAGGUAAAGUUAAGAACGUCAGUCCCUGGAAAUGUCUGGCCAUACACUCAUCUAACUCACACGUGGUGUGUAUUAACAUAAGCAGAGGAGGGAAUGUGAAUAAACAACGGAAAACACUUGAUGUUUUGUGUUCACUGAGACUUUCCUACAGCCUGCUUAGCUCUCACUUACGAGUGGUGGCUAACAGGCCUGUCAGAUACUGUUGAAAGAGAGCAGUAUAUCUGUGAAUGAAGGCUAAAAUUGCAAUCCUUUACCCUUUGAGGCAUAUUUCAGUUGGAAAAAAAAGGGAAAGAAAAAUUGGCUCAGGGUCGCAGAUCUACCCAACUACCAGGACUCGAGCGUGUUAAAUCACAGUUGUUUGCUGGCCAAAGGCAUCCGUUAGACAACUCUAUGGCCUGUGCUGAAGUGCAGUUGUGCUGAGGGAGAGCUUUCUCCACAUUACUGUAUUGCCUCUAGCCCUUCUCUGGGUAAAACCCUGUCAGCAUUUCCAUGAUAAACUCCCAUUCUGGAAGGUUUUUAAUUUGACCAUAAAAAUGUGCCUCAGGGUGAAGUUGGCUAUUUGGGGCCCAUACUGAAGAGUGGUGGGCACAUCUCACACUUCUCAACUUCUUCUUAACUCCUGAGGAAAACGCAACACCAAGAAUUCUGGUGCGCUGCCUUCCUUGUGAUUCCAGAGUUCUGGCAUGCCCCAAGAUCCAAGACGGUAGUUUUAACAUAAUGACUCAUUUGGACAUGCUUUUUACAAAAUGGAUCACCUAGCAUAUAGUAUAAAAUAUUUUUAUUAUUUGUACAUCUUUUUAAAAAUUACUACCUGGUUUUCUAUUUCUUAUUUUCUUUUUGUCAAAAGAAUUUUUUUAAAAACUUGAAGUUGAUCAACUCAAAGGUCCUCUUUUCCCAUGAGCUGCCUGCCACUUCCAUUGGUAAUUUGGGAAAAAACUCCCUGACCCAACAGAGCUUUGAAUGCUGUGUGGAGGAUUAGACACAUGUUUCUUUGGAAAUCUGGAUUUCCAGGUUUAUCCAUCAGAUUUCAUGAAAUCACUCUUGUCUGCUGGGAGAAUAGUGGCUAAAAGUGCCCCCACAAUUAACACUUUUGUCAACUCAGAUUGGAAGCCAGCGGAAAACAACACUUCAUACUCUCCUGUUUAAAGGCAAAUAAAUCAGGGAAACUUGAGGACAUAUGAAACAUUUGAUGACUGCAAAAGUGCUUUACAAUUGGGCUCUACGGUGCUUACACAUGGAACAGUUAAGAACUGGGACCCCGGGAUGUCAGAUGGAAUCUUUAGUUCGUAUGUAAUUACAUACAGAUGGGGGAGGUGCUCUGAGCUGCUCUUUUGUUUUUUAAUCAUCUCAAAUAUGCAGCCAGCCAGCCAGUAGCAUUAAGGGUCAUAAACUGGUGGGAAACAGGAAAUCUAAGGUAGACGGUUAGAAUGCCUCUGCUGGGGCAUUUUUGUUUGUUUGUUAUUGUGCACAGGCUCUAACAGGGAGGCCUCUGUGGUCAUUUUUCAGUAAGUGAGCAUUUAACGGGCAGGUGUGGUGAUCAUGCCAGAUGAGGGAUAGGGAUCCAUUGUUUCCCAUCAAGAAAAGGCAAUCUCUCUCAACUGUACCUGAACAUUUCCUCAACAUUUUUGUGUUUGUUCUUGGUCAAUUAAACUGAAACCCUUAACGUUACUUUGAUGUAAACUUGUAUAUUUUUGACUGUGACAUACUUUAAUUAAUUUAAAGUAAUUAGUGCUUAAGCUUCAGAACUAUGGUGUUAAGAGUAGGAUUUUAAAGUGGUGUUAAACAUCCUAACAAGUUCAGUUCACCCCAAGUCAAUCAGCUGUAGGCAGGAACAGACCUUGACUGGUUCUCUGGGGCAACUUCUCACUUGCCCUUGACAUUAAAUCCUUGGUGUAUUAGAAGAAUAAAUAAAAAGAAAUUGAAACUGGUCCAAGGUUAGAGUCAUAUCCUUGACAACUUUUUAAAAAAUUAUUAGGAAAUUAAUAUUAGCCUUUUUCAUUCAGACUGAAAGAAAAUUAUUAAAGGACUAGUUGUGCGUGAAAUUAAAUAGUAUUUUGCUUUUGCAUACUAAAGAAGUGGGCUGGGGACUUGACACAUUUAACAAGUUUCCCAAAAGGUUUUGAUUUGGAGGAGAAAAAAAGAAUCCAACGUUUCCUUUCCAUUCUGACUUUGUCACUUGCUGCAUGGAUCAGAUGGUGUAGGUUAGUGUCUGGUUUUGGAAUCCCAGUGAAAUAACUUUCAAACGAUUUGUACCCAUGAUUAAAGGUGGAAUGAGAUCCAUCCCCCCCCACCCCGUCCUUCAGUUUAAGCUCAUAAAUUGUAGGUGACUGUGGAAUGAAAUCAUCUGUGAUAUAUUAUGUUCAUUUACCAAAUGAGCUCUUUUGAUGUUGCCUGUUUUUAUGUAAAACAUGUUCUUAAACUAAUAAAGUAAUAUCUCUUGGUGUACACAA